AUGACUUCGGUUUUGAUGAUGGGUUUCUCAUCAGCGGGAGGUUUAUCGCCCUCGCUCGAGCGCCGGGAGGCGACGGGAGUCGUAGACUUGUCCAUCGCGGGCGAAGGGGGUGGAUUGGGGUCGGGGAUGGCGGCAGAUCGGGAUAGCGGAAGGUCGCCGGAUGCUUGUGAGGAUGGGUUCUGGUAA